AUGUCAUCUCAGUUGGAAAAUAGGACUCACUGUUCGUCGCUGUCCAAGUCAAACCUGUCAAAACUGCCAGCAAAGAGGCCACAUAGGUCGGGACUGGCCAAGAAAAAAGCAAUUCAAUGCUACUACUACAAAGAGUUUGGCCAUCGAAAGAACACAUGCCCUCGGUUGCUUCAGAGGCAGCAGGAAGAGAGAACAGUCCGAGAGGCUACUGGUAGCCUACAACCACAGUUGAUUCUCAAAAUCAUCGAUAAUCCCAAUGGCAAUGAGAUCAUGCAGCACAUCCCAUACGCAGAGGUUAUAAAGAUAAGCGGAGGUCCAGAUCCAGUUACCAAGGCCAUCCUUUCAUCCAUAGACCCAAGCAUUCAGGAACUUGAGGACACCAAGGUUACUGCAAAAGCGCUACAGAUGAUCGAGACGCAAACUAUUUACGAUUUUAUGUGGGCAAAUCCAACACCCUUCAGACGGAUUAAGCAGCAUCUUCGUGAUGGUCACAGGACUGCGAAUUUCAUUUGGCUCUGGUCCCUUAUACUCCCCGAAGGGACAAAUAACAUGGUUACUGCUGUCAAAAGUAACCUACUUGAAAAGACGUUCUCAUAUGUCUUCCAAUCCCUCCCGCCAAAUACACUGAAGUGGUUUGGUGAUCAUACACUGUACACAGGGCAUGGGCUUAAUGUGACCUCAUCACUACUACAAGGAGACUCUCUGACGCCACACAUGCGAUUUGAAAAAGGGCUUUCGCUCUCCAGCUCUCCAGCUCCCCAGACCCAGAAAUGCGUUCUUGGGUGA